AUGAAUGCCUUCCAGCCCACAGUGACACGAGAAACCAAGGCUCCGGAAGCACCUGAGCCUGCUCCCAAGAUCGAAAUUCCUCGUCCUCCAAAGCCCACAUUCACAACGCAAAAACUUUCCAAGGAAGCCGAUUUACGGGGUGCCAUGAAACAGUGGGUAGGGUCAUUCACCGAUGAGGCUCCUUAUGGGGAAGACGUCACCGCACUUGUCAAGUAUCUUCACAAUGUGGUACUGGAGGAGAGGAAUUUGAGCAAAGCAGUCAAUGUGGUGAAGUGGAUUGAUUAUCUUAUUGGUGAUGAAGCGGAUAACAAGGAAAGCUUUGCACAAAGAGAGUGGGAAAAUGCUCUUGUUUUGAUCAAGAAUGGUGUUUUGAAGGCGGCGAGAGCGAGGGGCUUGGGUAGGGUGUCUUUUGAUUAG